AUCACAUACACACUCACAAAUAGGCUGUUUAGUCGAUCGCCGAGUGUCUCGGAUUUAGCUAGCCGCAGGAACAGCUGAGGAGAAACAUAACAGCUACAUAACCAUCCCACUCGGACCUGCCGGUUUGCUCUGGAGACGGUUUAACCAAGCGGGUGUUAUGGCUCAGAGUGAGAAUAUAUUUCUCAAGGCAAAACACCGGACAUUCAGCGGACUCACUGAAGACGCAGAGCACAAAUGGACUGGACCAUUUUUCUUCAUCCAAGCUGCAGACCCCCAGCUUGGGCUUAUGAAGGCCUGGAGGGACGGCGACUGUGACGGCGGGGGGGAAGAAUGGGCUGAGGAAGUGGAGCUCACUAAGCAGGCCGUGGAGGCCAUUAACCAACUCAGACCCAGGCCGAGAUUCAUGGUGCUGUGCGGCGACUUGGUCCACGCCAUGCCAGGUACACCCUUUAGAGAAGGUCAGGAGAAAGAUCUGAAGGCAGCCUUGAAGGGGACCGAUCCCUCCAUUCCUCUGGUGUUUGUCAGUGGAAACCAUGACCUGGGUAACACCCCCACUCCCAGCACAGUGGAGCAGUAUUGCAGGGAGUGGGGGGAUGACUAUUUCAGCUUCUGGGUGGGCGGAGUUCUCUGCCUGGUUCUGAACUCCCAGCUGUUCUUCGACGCCUCGGCCUGCCCUGAGCUGAGGGAGGCUCAGGAGGCCUGGCUGGAGGCGCAGCUGAGCAGAGCAUCCUCCUCCUCUUCUACGGAACCUAAACCCAAACACAUCCUGAUAUUUCAGCACAUUCCCCUGUACCUAAAGAGUCCUGAUGAAGAGGAUGACUACUUCAACCUGCAAAGGACAGUCAGGCAAAAACUGCUGGACAGGUUCAAGAAAGCAGGGGUGAAGGCGGUCUUCUCCGGUCAUUAUCACCGUAACGCCGGGGGCUGCCACGGUGGCCUGGACAUGGUCGUAAGCUCGGCCAUCGGCUGCCAGCUGGGAGAAGACACCCACGGAGUCAGGGUGGUGGUAGUGACGGCAGACAACGUCAUCCAUCGCUACUACAGCCUGGAGCAGCUGAGGGCUCGAGGCUUAGACGAGGACCUCAAGAAACUCCUGCAGGCCUGAGCGAACACUCAAACAACGAUGAAGCUGGGUGUUUUGUUAACCGACUAGUAUAUUUUACAUUCAGCACAUUGUUGCAGCGUGCUACAGUAUUAUGAGAUCACUUGUUCUAAUCAGACAGGAGAUUAUUCUUAUGGUCUAACAGACCCAGAUUUGGGUUCUCCAACGACUGAAUCAUCAAAAACUGUUAAUUUCAUCAAAGUGAAAACAACAUAAUUUAAAUAGUUAUGAGAAGAAAAGCAGUGAAUUCAAAGCCAGCAAAAAUGUCAGUCACAGGUAGUCACGUGUACAGAAUCUUCCAGUUUAUGUUGUCUCGACUGAAUGUUUUCUUGCAAGCAUCUCUUGGAGGGUUAGAUGUUAUCUGUGCUUCCCACUCUCCUAUAAGCGCCACACAGAGAUCUUUGAAUGUGUUUUAAGACUCGUGGGUUCUUCUGUUGACAAGUGCAGUCCUCCUGUAUCUGAAGUAGCAACACAUCCUCAGGCACUAGCUCAGUCUGUCUGUGCGGUCCAGUGCAUGUGUUAUGUGUGUGACUUUGAGCACAUCCAGAGUUUUCCAUCUUUAAAAGAAGAUUCCAACUUAAAACAGUGAAGCGGGCUUGGGCUUUGUUUGCUCAGUUUGCCUUUGGAACAUUCCAGAGGCAUGAUGGGAGAUGUAGGAUACAACAAGAGUAUGCAAAAAGGAUGAGACUGAGGGGGGGGGAAAGGUCCACCUCAGCUCUUGUUUCUUUAAUGUAAUCAGUUCAAAAUUGUGAAAAGUUGGAAUUUUCCUUUUAAUGAUCCUAAAUUGUCUUCUUUGCUCUUCCUGCAGUCAGAUGCAUUUUUUGGACAUCCUAUGCAAUCUUUAACAUCACCUUAUGAUGUGUGUAUGUGUUUUCUGUUUAAUGUUGUACAUCUGUCAUCUCUUUGUUUGUAGCCCCCCCCCCCUCCCUCUUUUUAACAGUUAUCAAGAGUCUUUUAAUAUAAGCUGACCUCACAGAUUGUUCUUUAUCAUUGUCAACUACAACAAAACUGACAAUCUCACUUUUAACUAAGACUAAUUUUAAGGUUACUGGUUUUUCAUUGGCACAGUAAACAAAUACACCGCCCUGUGACCACCUUAGAAUAAAAAACAGACUUGCCCAUGUUUGAACAUUUAUACAGUUGAGCUGCAGCUCUGGCUCAGGUUUGGAGAGAAAGUAAACAGCGAGGUUGAUAUCUGUGUGAUAAAAUGGAAAAACUGCCAAACAAAGAAGAUCUCCUGGCCAGGACUUCAUGUUUCAUGCUGUAGUCGUUGUUUACAAAUGCAGAAUUUAGAUUGAAGCUUGAUUUUCAUUUUUAAUUCCAGCAUAAGCUCACCACAGACAUGCUAACAUGCAACCGAAACCUGCUCAGACGGGAGUGGACAUUAAAGCUCCACUCUGCAUAUUCACAUUCAUAUUCAUACGUCUGUACAGAUUACACGCUGCGCUACUUAAUGUGCUCAUGAAGGCAAUUUAAAGCCUAGCGUGGUGGAAUGGUGGACCCCGCCACUAACAAGGGAAUCUAAAUGAAUAGGUGAUUACACAAUGUAAAUAAAUUGGAUGGCAAAGGAAUUGGGACCAUAAAUAGUUUCUAUAAUAACUCGUGAUUUAAUCAGAAUCUCUCGAAAAAUUUAAGAUUGCUUCAUAUUACCCAUGAAUGACUCUGUAGUGCGAGUGCUGCAAUAUCCACCCGUGGCUCCCAGUUACGAUUUUAUUGAAGCAUAGAUCAAACUGACUGUGAUUUUUCUCACGCUGUGAUGGGGCUCAGAUGAAAAUAUUUCAUCAUUAGGCUGGAGCUUGAGUCAAAAUUUAGGAUGCGGCAGCUCACACUUCAAGCACACCUAGUUCGCUUUAAUCCGCACACGUCAGCGUCUGCGCGGCAAACCAGACCUGGAGACGUAAAUAAAGAAAUGAAGUGCAAUUGUCCGAUGAAAGCCAAACUUAAGGAGGUGUCAGACCGAUGAUGUGACGGUGCUGCGGUGUGUCAGCGGGAGGAGGAGGACAGUAUUUCCUGACCGUUUAGUCACAGCGUUAACGCUCGACUCCCUGCAGGCUUAUUUGGGAGCCAACGGUCCUGGAAUUGUCUUUUUAAAUGGACGUUUCUGAAACUAAAUGACUUUCUUUGUGAGCCCUAAAUCACUCAAUUACACUUUCCACACACAGACUCUCACACUCUCCCUGACCGACUGGGAACCUAACAGAGUUGUCAUGGCAACCAUUUAGCAACACAUCUGUGUGUGUCUCGGAGAGAGACUGCGAGUGUCGGCGAGAAACUCUACUUACUCCUCGUGUGUGUGUGUGUGUGUGUGUGUGUGUGUGUGUGUGUGUGUGUGUGUGUGUGUUCGUCCCUGGUCUGGUGGAUACUGUAGGUGAUUUUCCAUUGGCGAUGUGAUCACUGACCUCAUUUCACACUGACGGAUUCUGUCUCUUUUCCAAAAAGUCGGCGUGCGAUAGAGGGAGGAGGCGGCAUCUGAGAGGAAUGGAUAAUGAGCGUGAUGUGUGAAAGACGACUGAGUCCAUCUCCUUCAUUUCCUGUCUGAGAAGGAACCUUAUGUCCUUAUCUAUUUUUAUAUCCUCCCCGGUAGACGAGCUCAGCCACUUUGUUCUUUUAUCUGUUUUGAGGAUGUGUGUCUAAAUUUCGUUUUUGUGCACGUUUCUUCCAUAAAUUUGUGUGUGUGUGUGUGUGUGUGUAUAUGUUGGGGGAUGGCAUUACACAACUUUGACUUGUUCCUAUGUUGAAUUCUAACGAAUGACCAUACUGAACAAUAUUACUGUGACAGCCAAUUGUAUUUUUAUAAUAAAUGUUGAUUUUUCUCUAA